AUGUUCAACCCGGAGCGAUACGCCGGACUGCACGAUUUGCCCCAAGAAAUCUUCGAGGAAGUCCUUACGUAUUUGGAAAUUGAGUCGCUCAAGACUCUGCGCCUAGUAGACCGAAAGCUGGCCGAGAAGUGUUUCGGACCCCGAUUCCUGAAAUGCAUCCAACAGCCUGUUCUCGUUAUCUCACCACAGCGUCUUCGCUCCCUGCAUGCGUUGGCGUGUAAUCCUACCCUCAGCAAGAAAGUCUACUCACUAACUUUCCUCGCCACACCGGUGCGCUCUCCUAAGUCAAAGGGGAACGUCAAACCUGGACCGCGUAUGGUGCAGAAACCCGUUCAGCACCGAUACAUGACCAGGGCCAAGGCCAAUUAUACUCGCAAGGAACUUUCCGACACCAACCCCGAUCUGCUCUGUCCGAGUGAACAGCAAGAAGCUAGAAUCCCGGAGUCCCCAAGCGGGAUAACCAACUUCCUGCAACCUGCGCUCAAAUUGUUUGGUAAUUUGCAUACUAUCAGCUUUGAUACUGGGGUGGGUGGCGGGCGGACGGAGACAAAGCCUGAUCCUAAAAAGUGGAAAUUGCUCUGGGUGCGAGCCUCGCAUAUCCUCUCCUGGGUUCUGACAGCAAUGGUGCAGAGUGGGGUCUCGGUGAAACACCUCAAUGUCUAUCGCCGGUCUGACGGAUGCUGCGUUCCUAUUACUGACAUUACCGCUAUUGCGUCGGGUCUCGUCCCAGCACAACUGGAGAUUCUCGGCAAGAGCGUCCAAUCACUCGAGCUUAGCAUCUCUGGAGCGAUCGAGGAUGCUUCCAAAGAGAAGGAGGAGAAAAGGGAGGAGAAAAAGGAGAAGAAAAAGAAAGAAACGGAAGGCGAAAGCGCUCGCCCUAGUGGUGGUGAGGGCUCAUUGGAGCAAAGCCACAGGUUAUCGGAGGACCCUCACCCUGUGCUUGAGGAUGAAACACCAGGAAUCACGUCUCUCUUCCUCAAACUUGCACCGAAUCUUCGAGAACUGGACUUAACGUUCCGGCGUACUGCGCAUAGAGGGAAGUAUUUAUUCUACUACGACUGGAUUAUCGACAGUAUCGCCCGUGAAACCCAGUUGCCGUUGUUGGAAAGAUGUGCGUUCUCCGGGUUCGCGGCCAAGGGACAGUCAAUGCUUCUCUUUCUUCAAAAGCAUUCCAACAGCCUUCGUUCCUUGACUUUGCAUAGGUGCCACUUGACCACUGGGUCAUGGAGCCCAAUCUUUGCUCAUAUGGAGCAAGGGAUGCCAAGGCUCGAGAACCUCAGUCUCAGUGAUUUGUUUGGGAGACAUACGCAGAAUAUGAGGUACGCACAACAGAGGUUCCUCGAGCAAGAGGCAGAGGAUGAUGAGCAAGAGGCAGGGAAUGAUGAGCAAGAGGCAGAUAAUGGUGAGCAGGAGGGCAAAGGAAUGGUUGUUUUGCUGCCAAUCUGGGACACCACCCAGCCAUCGCUCCGGACAAGCUUUUGGCAUACCAACGGGAACAUUGUGCACACCAGGGACUUCACUCGUGAGGAGUUGAAGAAGGGACUCGUGUUUCGCCCGCUGCAAAAAGGCCCCGGACGGGCUCUCGACUCCCCUGGGUUAAGGUAUUACCACAGGUCGAGAACUCAACUUUAUGGGCCUCCCCGCAUGGUCUAAACUUGAGAGCUUUCGGUCAAUCAGCGUGUUUUAUAUUGGUUCAC